AUGCCGACACGUUUAUCAACCCCUGUCCUGACGGUGGACACCGGUAAAAUCCGGAAGGUCGACACCGCAAAUACGCAGAGCCUACAUGGCAUGUGGAUGGUCUUCUCUAAAUGUGCCGAUUAUAUGGAAGAGGGCCGUCGGUUAGAGAACCUUACCUGGCGACUGUGGACGCGAGAGACCUUCUGCGUCGAACCGGAAAACUCCAGUGACACGUCCGUCCUACCCCUCCUCCGAUCCGAAUCGUCAGAGAUGCCAGAGCUGUCAGCCAGCGUGGAGUCGGCCUCGUCAGACCAGGCCGACCGGAUAGAGGAACAUAUCAAGCGGCCCAAGGGCCCGGACCCCAGACCCGCCGUUGUGCGGGAUGACUCGCUCAGCAGUCUGAGUAGAGGGAGGGAAAAGCACAUCACCUCUCUCGGCCUGGAACGGAUGGUUCUUAGCAUCAAGGAAAAGAAGAACCUCGAGCCUAUCCCCCACACCGUCUCCAGUAUUACCCCCAUCGUCGAUGUCUCUUCUUCGAGACCGUCAACCCCGACCCCGACUUUGCCCGCUGUCACUCCCGUGCAAGAAGAGGAAGAACAACAAAAACAGCAGCAGCAGCAAGAAGAUAGGCGACCCUCGCACACUCUUACACAGCAGCAAAAUCCUUCAACCGAGUCCUGCUCGACGACAGCACCCGAGUACAAUGAAAGCGAUGCUGCCCCCGUCACUGCGUCAGAUACCAGUGUCUCGUCCUCGGGCAUCCUUCCGCCUCGCCCUGAUCUGUUCAAGUCCCCCAGCAUCGUCCGUGGAUUCUCCCCCUCCCAGAUCUCGUCCUCAUACCGCUCCCAGCCUGCACUGGCCCCCGAACCGGCCUCGACCAAGGUCUCCUCGGCCACUCAACAGCUCAAGCCCUCGCUGCUCAAGAACAAGAAAGGUGGCAUGUUUUUACUGGGUGGAUCGUCAGGCGAUGACGAUGAGUCCUCCUUUGAGGAUCGCAUGAACAUGCCCAAUACCCAUCGCAGCUCCCUGUCCGAUGAGCUCGGUCGACCGACGUCGUCAUUAAAGAACCUGAGCCCCUCGAAGAAGGCCCCGUCCUUCCGAGAACAGAUCGCGGCACGCAUGAUCAAACCCAUUCGGGAAGGGCCUCGGGAGGAUGACGAGGACGCGAUUGAGACGGACGAUGAAGAGGUUUCGGAGAGCGCCAUCGAGGACGAUGAAGAUUCGGACUGGGAGGACUCGGUCACCGAGAGCGGGCGGUCGAGUGUUGACGAAAAGGAGCUCUUCCAACGGGUCGACUCGCGGCCGAACUUGGUCUCGCGCCGCUCGCUCCUGACCAUGAUGAUGCACCAGCCAACCAAGAUGGGCAACGUACGGUCAACGCCCGCGCUGCAACGGUCACGGUUGACCUCGCCCAACGGACCCUCCCUCCCCGCCUCCGAAGACGACGAAGAGGAGAACCUGACGAUGCGCGGACCGGACGUCCCACGGUCAAAACCCAUCAUCGUCAAGCCGCCCGUGUCGCAGCACUCGGUGGCGCACUCGCCGCGUACGACGCGCCGGAACAUGCUGGCCACGGAGCUGACCGAGUCCCUGCGCCGACACCUCCUGUGGGAACGCCAGCAGAAGAGCGCAACGGCCAACGCAUUUCUCAAGCGCCGGCACACCGCUCACGACAUGGCCAACCUCCAGCAAUAUCCCGAUCCACGGCGAGGAGCAGCAGCAGCCGCUGGCAGCAACGCUGCGGACGCCGCGGCCCCAACUGACAGUGAGGACGCACAGCAAGCCAAGGACUUGGCCAAAAAUGGCUCGUGGAACAACUACACCGACUACGGGCCGUGGGAAUACCAUGUGAAAGGGUGGUAG